UACGUUUCCGCACAAUUCCGCACACCGGAAGUAGAUUCGUGCUGAAGAGACACUCGACAAAAUGAACUCCUGAAUAGCUGUCAAGAAUAACAGUUAUAAACAUCUACAAGGCAGACAAGGAAACUGUUACUAGAUACGGCUUCGACGGGUAUAUUAAGUUGGAUCUGACAUCUGGGUCGCAGUGAUGGAGGGUCAGGAUAAUGCAGAUCAGGGCAGCAGUGAUCAGUCUGAAAUACAGCGCCGAAGACAGCUGGACCGUCUGGACAGAGAAGAGGCCUUCUACCAGUUUGUCAACAAUCUUAGUGAGGAAGACUACAGGCUCAUGAGAGACAACAAUCUGCUUGGCACACCUGGUGAAAUUACAGCAGAUGAACUUUUGAGCCGCCUUCGGCAGGUAAAGGAUGGCCCUGAUUUACCAAGCAAUGGCACAACUGAGGAAAGAAGGGAGGGGCCUGGUGCAACAGAGGUGGAGGGAACUGAGGAAAAUCCCAGUGGGGAGACCCUUCUUGAUUGGCUCAACACAGUACGACAGACGGGGAAUACAACAAGGAGCGGUUACCGGGGUAACCAGUCAUGGCGGGCUGUGAGCCAAACCAAUCCCAACAGUGGCGAUUUCCGUUUCAGUUUGGAGAUCAAUGUCAAUCGCAACAUUGCUGAACAGCAAACGCAGACAGAAAGGCUGGAGGGGGGCCAGGAAAGAGCAGAUGGCCCUGUGUCUGAGCCGGAGAGUCUCAUGGAGACUGCAGAGGUGGUUGAGGAACCAGUGGUAGACGAGCUGGCUGUUAUAGUAGAGCCAGAGCUUCCAGUUCCUAGCACCCUGUCUCUAAACAGGGAAGUUAAUGCUUCAGCUCCCCCAACUUCAGCUCCCCCUCCCCCAUCUUUAGCUCCCCCAACCUUGCCUCCAGUGGAGCAACCACGUAGGGGUCAAAUAAGAGCUCGCAGUAGAAGCCCAGAGCAGCGUCGGACAAGGGCUCGUACUGCAAGAGGUCGUUCACCGCUCAACCUUGAAAGAUUGGAUGGACUUCCACCUACUCAGCAUGGCCUACCUUCUCGACAUCCUGAGAUCCUUCCUGAGCCCCAGGUAGAGGGAAGCUCAAGGACUCGGCAAUUGUUUUUGUCCAGGCAGAGCACUGUGGAAAUGGAAACUCAAGAAUUGGGAACAGCACCUGACUUACCUGGAACACCACAGGAAAGAGAGAUAAAUGCUGGAGAGGCAGGAGCCUCAGGUCGUCGUCCUCCAACCAUAAUGCUGGAUUUGCAGGUACGUAGGGUGCGUCCCGGAGAGUACCGCCAGAGAGACAGCAUUGCUAACCGCACAAGGUCUCGUUCGCAGACGUCCAAUAACACUUUAUUAUAUGAGACUGAGCGUGGAGGUUUCCGUCGGACUUUCUCCCGCUCUGAGCGGGCUGGAGUGAGAACAUACGUCAGUACUAUCCGCAUUCCCAUUCGGAGGAUCUCAGAUGCUGGACUUGGUGAAGCCACUUCUUUGGCUCUGCAGUCUAUGAUUCGUCAGAUCAUGACUGGUUUCGGUGAACUUAGCUACUUUAUGGACUCGGACUAUCCAGACUCGAACCGUGAAGACAACCCACCAGCAGACCUUACUGAUGCACUGGGUAACCCUGAUGCUUCUACUGGAACUGCUGCAAGUGAAGCUGAUUCCCAUCUUCCUGGGCAUGGAGGCUCGAACCAGGGUGGUUUAGAGGCACGGACAGAGGAAAGGGAAGUGGAAGGUGGACUGCCUGGUGCUGCUGGUCCUCGGGAAAACAGAGGAAGACAACGGGCUCCCAUCAGCCUGGAUGAAACUGGAUCUCUGCCCUUUCUGCGACUUGCGCACUUCUUCUUGCUCAACGAGGAAGAUGAUGACCAACCCAGAGGUCUAACCAAAGAGCAGAUUGACAACCUAUCCAUGCGAAACUUUGGGGAAAGCGAUGCACUCAAGACCUGCAGUGUCUGCAUUACAGAGUAUGCUGAAGGCAACAAAUUGCGGAAGCUGCCCUGCUCUCAUGAGUACCAUGUGCACUGUAUCGACCGCUGGCUUUCAGAGAACUCAACCUGCCCUAUUUGCCGCAGGGCGGUUCUUGUUUCCACCAACCGCGAGAGUGUUGUUUAGCCAAAAUUGGUUUUGCGGCACUCUCAAUAGGUUUCAUGUCUCUUUUCCUCUCUUCCUUUUACAUUUAUUACCUAGUCAUGUGAGGACUCUUACUGAGAUUUUUCCAUACAUCCUAUAUGAAGUCAUUAAGUUUUAUCAGAUUUGCUGGUGCCAAGAUCCCCCCCGAACUAUACAUCACUGUAUUUUGACUGAUCUUACAAUAAAUAUUGGUGCAAGACACAACCGAUGAAGAUCAUGCUGCAAUCCCUGAUCUUUUACAUAUAUUGAAGAGCAACAUUCGACAAAAUUAUAGGAUGAGGGGCAAUGUAGAAACACUUUUGUGGUACAUAUACUUUCAUACUAAAACAGAGAUUUGAGUUGUACUUUUAAGCAAGUAUCAUAUUAUAACAAACAUUGUGUUUUAAUAAAAGUUAAUGAUUUGGUAAUAUUGUAGAGCAUCGGGAAUUGCAUUAAGGAUCAAGAAUAGUGUAAUCUGCUUAGCAUCCACAAAUACUUUUCGAUUGGAAAAUACAUUAAAACUGUCACACUGUGCUACAUCUGAAAUGAUUUGUUUCAUACAGUGUUGGUUGUGUGUUGGUAUGAAAGCAUAGUGUGUGUUGUACCAAUUGCACCAUUAUCAUAAAUGACUAAAUGCAGAUAAAUAGUAGGAAAUUCAUGGAGUAGUUCUUAAUGAAUUUGUCAUUCUGUAUAGAAUAGAUUUUGAUUUGGCAUUUGAAAGUGUUCUGUAAUACUGGUUUUGAAAACCAUAUGGUCAGACACUUUUCUUUUUUUAAAACAAAACAAAAAAGGCUGUAAAUAUGCUAUGUUGACACAUCAGGUUGUAUUUUCACCUGUCUUCCCAAAUGACGAUAAUGCAUCAGUUGGCUGACUCAAACAUAUUUCAUAUAUCUUAAGAAAUAAACUUGGCUACAUAUAGGCAAUGUUGUGCAAUGCUAAUAAGGAAAAUGUAAAGGAAGUUGACAAAUUGACUUGUAUGUUGUAGUCUGUAAAUAUUAACAUUUAAAAUGAAGACUUAAAUGGAAGUUUUUCUAACAGUUCUGUACAUUGAGAAUAGCACCAUUUAUCUUACUCUGAGGAGGAAAUUAUUUUCUCAUGUAAUGGUUGGUUCAUAUGCGAGCUAAGGUUCUUUAUUCCCAUGCGAGAGUAAAAAAUGCAGUGUUAUUUAGAGACAAUAGAUGAAAUAUCUGUUUCUGUGUUGACUUGGGAGACUAACCCUAAGCAAAAUGUUCUCAACCAUGAGUUACAUCAACAUUUCAUGUAUCGUAAGCAAGCCAACCAUUGUUAAAAUGCAUAUUAAAUUCAGUUCUGAGGUCAUGUAUUAUAAGAGCAAGUUACUCAAAUAGAAUUAAUUAAUUUUGUCAGCAUAUUUAUAGGUUAUAUUUUUGAGUCAAUAUUUUGACUAGCUUCCAGUUUGCUGUGUUUGAAAUGAAUAAAAUGUUUUCCUCAACUGUC